AUGACGCGUGAAAACUCCGAUAGAGAUUCUUCCUCAAUCGAGGAGGUACAGUGGACUGCUUGCCAUGGCAAGAAGAGAAAGUCGGUGUCGGAAGAACUCGAUCAGAAGCGGAAGCGUCCCUGCCGAAAUGAGCUACGAACGCUGGUCGAGGACGGGUCCAGGGAUUAUCGGUCAUUCAGAUCUUACCUCGUCGACCGCUAUGUAAUGACCGGUAUUGCGGGUGGUCCAUUGACCAAGACGCGAUUCUUAGGGAUCCGGGAUAUCUAUGAGUUGAUGUGCAUGUAUCAAGUUCCUAUCUCGAGCGAUACCACGGCCUACGCUGUGCGCUACUACGACAUCUGUCUUGUCAGUGACGAGCUGAAGGACGAGGCAAAGGUGUCUCCAGAGCUGGCUCUCUCUUGCGGCUUGCUGGCGAUGAAGUACAUGGAGGUCUCGAUCCCACUGGUAAAGGACGUGUGCAAUGUGUUCACCCAAGUCGAUGCAGCAAAAAUCAGUGCAAUGGAAGCGACUAUCCUUGCGGCACUGGAUUUUGACAUCUCUUUCGUUACUGUAUCUCAGAUCCUGGGCUCCCUCGUCGAGACCUUGUCUCUCAACCAUCAGGCUUUGGUUUCGGCGAUGGUUUCAGAUUAUCUGGAAGUCAGUCACCUUUCCAUGUGUGCAACCUCUCCUGUCACCAUGGCUAUUGCAAUCCUUCACAUGGUCCAAUCCCGUCUGCUGUUGGCUGCUGAGUCCGAUUGGUCAGACUUUUAUGUUCCCACUCUUCGAGUCAUCAAGGAUGAAAUAGCGCUCAUGUGCAAAGAGGAACUUGGCCGUCCUGCGCAGGCCAACAAGCUUUCAGAGUCUUUGCGCUUUUAUUUUGAUCAGUUCUCGAUCGAAGAAGUUGGAGAUGACGGAGUCUCUCGCCUUGUGCUAGCUCCCAACUGGUGGCAAGCCAUUUGCUGA